AUGGAUCGUUUUGGAGGUGAGUUUCUCCUGAAGUUCGAGCACGUGAAGCGCUACAUGCAGAGCGGCCAGAUCCGCCAGCGACUGGCCGAGUUUGCUGAGGCCACGGCCCGGCCGCGGCGCUGGGCGGAGACGGCCGAGGCGCUGCUGACUGCGCCGCUGGACUGUCGACAGCCGCAGCUGGCGCACAGGAGGCAGGAGGCGCAGGAGCUGCUAGCGGAGCUGCCCGACGUUGAAGCCGGUCUGAAGACGGCCGGCAAGCUUAUCCAGCUACUCGGCGAGGACGUAUCUCCCGAGAAACAACAGGAGAUGACGCAGACACUGAGAGAGCUCAGAGAGUCGGUGUCGGACGGCCAGGCGGGCUGCCAGCAGCAGGCGGACGUAUGCGCCCAGUCGGCCGACCGGCUGGCAGCGGCCGGCCGCGGACAGGCAGAGGUCUUCGCCUGGCUGGACGAGCUGUCCAAGCUGCUGGACGGACCGGCGCCGGCCACCGAGACGGUGCUCUCCCGGCAGCUGUACUGCCGCUCCCUGCUGGACUCCACCACCAAGAUCGUGUCGGGUCUGCUGGAGGCGGCGCGUGCCGUGCCGGCCCUGGACACCACUCAGUUGGAGAGGGAACAGGCGGCCGUCAGUGGCCGGUUCGCCGAGCUCACUGCCGGCGCCGAGCGGAUGCAGCAGGCCGCUGAGCGGGGCGUCACUGAGUGGCUGGAGCUACCCACCGUCUGGAAGAGCGCCGACCAGCUGGCCGACAGCAGGCAGCAGCAGCAGCGCGCCGUGCAGCGACUCGAGGAGCAGCGGCCGCGCGUGCUGGCGGCCGUGCAGCGCGGCAGGGACCUGAGCCGGGACCUGAGCCAGGCGCCUGCACUGCUGCCCGAGGCACUGGAGCAACUGGAGCUCGUCUGGGCAGAGAGCAACGCCGAGGUCAUACAGAGACUGGACAGCGCCACAGAGACUGAGCGUCUGUGGACGGAGCUGGCCGACCGGCGGGCCGACCUGCAGUGCGCGCUGGCGACACACCGGUCAGCGCUGGACGCCGCCGCCGACACCGCCGAGCCGGGCCCGGCGCUGGCCGAGCUGGCCGCGCACGUACAGACCCAGCAGCCGGAGCGGGCGCAGCAGAUGCAGCAGCGGCUGCAGCAGAUCGCCCAGCAGCUCGGCGGCCGGCUGGCGCCCGAGGCCGCCCAGCAGCUGAAACAGCAGGUGGAUGAGAGUGACGCCGACGUGGCCGCUGUCUCGGAGCAGCUGCAGCAGAAGAUGGACAACCUCACCAGUGCCGCGCAGACCUGGGCGCAGGUCAGUGACCGUGUGGAGGUGGUGCGACUGGGUCUCCAGUCAGCCCAGCGCAGCCAGCAGCGGCUCAGCACCCUGGAUAUGCCGCCGGAGACGCGCCGUCAGCAGCUGCAGCUGCUGACCCAGCAGCUGCAGCAGCACGCCGAGGAGCGGCAGCAGCUGAACGAACUCAUGGACACGCUACAAUCAGAGGGUUACGACGGCGGCCAGUUUCGCAGCGAGCUGGCUAUCCUUGGAGACACGCUACAGCAUAUGAGCGAGGCGGCCGCACAGCAGCGCGCCGUGCUCGAGGACGAGUACAAACACUGGCACACCUACCAGGAGCAGGUGGGCGAGCUGGUGCCGUGGCUAGACUGGGCAGAGGAGAAGGUGGCCGCCGACCUGCCGCGGCCCGCUGAGCUGGAGGAAGCCGCCCAGAUACUGCAGCAGUGCCAGCACUUUGAGGACCAAGUGUGUCGACAAGGAGCCGGCCGUCAAGGUGAUAGUGGACGAGAGUGCCCAGAUGGUUCAGGUGUUUAACGUCUCGGACCAGGCCGACUCGCUGGUCACACGCUGGACAAAGGUCCGCGAGACAUCGGUCGCCUGGGUGCAGCAGAUGCAGGGCCUGGUGACCACUCUCCGGGACGUCCACACGGAGCUGGCCUCUGUGCGUCAGUGGCUGGACGAGGUGGGCCGCCGCUGCACCCGCCGAGAGAGACGUGCCUGACGCCAGCCAGGAGCUGGACAGUGGACACCCUGCAGCCGGCGGUGAGUGAGCUGCCGGGCCGUCAGUCGGCCGUGCUCGGCCUCCAGCAGCGCUGUGACCAGCUGGCCGACCUGCUGAACCCGGAGGGAGCCGCCGCGCUCCGGUCUCACGUGGUUGCCCUGCGCACCGAGGUCUCCCAGCUGAACCAGACACUGAGGCAGAGGCAGGCCAAGACGGCCGACGCCGCCAGCCAGAGAAAUUAACGAGCUGCAAGUCUGUUCGGGAGGACGCCACCAGCCUCUACAACGAGCGGCCGUCUAAGGAGAACGCCCAACUGCGCGACCACUCUGAGCAGCUGUGCGCAGCGGCGCGGCAGACGCAGACGGCCGUCACCGACCGACACCAGGCCGUGGGCCUGUGGGCCGACAUGACAUCACAAAGUAAGCGUCUGGGCGAUCAGUUAUCGGUGAUGUCGGACCGACUCCAGUCCGACUCCCUGACCGCCGAGAAGGUGCCGCAGCUCAAACAGGAUCUGGUGACGCUACAGAGCGAGCAGGCGGCGCUGGAGGCGGAGGCCGCGGCGCUGGCACCGGCCGCCGAGCGGGCCGGUCUGACCGUGCUGCGCGGCGAGCUGGAGCAGCCGCCGGCCGAGCUGAGCGAUCACACGCUGCGCCACCUGCAGCAGCUGCUGGACCAGCUGGACGAGCACGUCGGACGGCUGGCCGAGCGGCAACAGGUGUGGGAGAAGUUUUGCGGCGACCGGGACGGCCUGGUCACCUGGCUGGAGGCCACUCGCAGUCGGGUGUCGGCCGAGCAGGCCGGCUGCGCCCGGCUGGCCGAGCUGCCUGAGCUGCUGUCCCAGGUGGACUGUGCACAGAGAGAGGCCGACUCCAGGACAGAGGCCUUCCAGGUGGUUGACUUUGUGGCCGCCUAGGGGGUGAAGCAGAGUAACGCAGACCCACUGUACCUCCCUGGAGGAGCGAGGAGGCGCUGCCCGACUCAGACGUCAUCUACAUGACGCGCGUGCAGCGGGAGCGUUUCGCCGACCCGGCCGACUACGAGCGCUGCGCCGGGCGUCUGGUGCUCACCCCUCAACUGAUGACACUGGCUGGACCGCGCACGGUGGUGCUGCACCCUCUACCUCGUGUGGAUGAGGUGAGCACCGAGCUGGACGGUGAUCCGCAUGCCGCAUACUUCCGACAGGCCGAGUAUGGCAUGUAUGUGCGCAUGGCGCUGCUCACCACGGUACUCGGCCGGGCCUAACAGUGGUUAGAGCGACAUCUAUAGCGGUAGUGUGGAUAGAACAGAGAUCUGGAUGUGGACUGAUGUGAGCGUGUGAAAACUAGUGUUUGCUCGUCUUGGUAGAAGCUAAAAUAAUUCAAGGGGUGACACUAAUUAUGGAGAUGCCAGUUUUUUUAACCCUUUUCGUGGCUAGACGCGGAGCAAAAUUGUGUUCUGAUGAGUGUUGAAUGAUUUGUGUCUAAACGAUUUAGAUUUAGAAUAAACGUUUUGCUACAUC